AUGAGCACACCACUUUCGGAAUCCUCAUACAAUGGCGAACAAAAAAGGGCAGCAGACAAGUCAGAACGCACCCAAUCGCCCUUUUGGGCUGGCCGAAGUGCGUCCCUAAAUCAGGGCUCGUCGAAGUUCUAUGGUUCGAAUACUGUUGUCGGUGCAUCAUACUCACAUGCCAAUAUUGUACAACCUACCUCCUCCCACUCAGGCCCGAGAACACCGCCAAAACCAUCGGCUACAAAUGCUGCAUCGAGUUUGGUUCGCAAGCCAGGAAAGCUGGUAGCCUCACCUCCACGGCAACCCUACCCUGGCAUUAUGACUGAAGGAGUCGACGAGUGGAGUCGUGACCCCACCGAAGAAGAUGAUGAAGAUGAUGAUGAUGACGAGAUUGUGUACGAUGACGACGAAGAUGAGUUCGGGCUCCCUAGUCUUGCUAGUAUGAGGAGGAAAAGAUCUGCGCCUUUGAAGGCCCAGAAUAUUGAUUUCAGUGGCGGCGGGGCAGGAGGCAACCCCUCAACACUUGGGUAUGGAUUAGGGGCCGCCAACAGGCAACGCGCGAAUAGUUCAGAUAUUGCGGAAGAGCGUGGCGCCCCGAUGUAUCCAACUGCUCGCAAGGGGGAAGGGAAGAUCCUCCGGCCUCAAUACAAAGACAUCUUACAAGAUGCUUCACCUAAGGAGAGGGACAUCCAUUCGAGUCGCAUUACGCGAAUCAACAAGUUCAAGCGUAUCCUGCAAGCAAGUACGGUAUCCCCCACCGAGCUGCGAGAUCUCGCUUGGUCAGGUAUCCCGGAAGAAGUGCGGCCAAUGACUUGGCAACUUCUACUUGGCUAUCUUCCUACAAAUAGUGAGCGACGCAUCUCCACCUUGGAACGGAAGCGCAAGGAGUACCUAGACGGAGUACGGCAGGCCUUUGACCGAGGCAGCGGGGCAAACUCUGCAAACACCUCUUCUUCAACGAAGGGCCGGGGCAGAGGCCUUGACGAGGCAGUUUGGCACCAGAUCAGCAUUGAUGUUCCACGCACCAGCCCGCACAUUCCGCUGUAUGGCUACGAAGCCACCCAGCGGUCUUUGGAACGCAUCCUUUAUGUCUGGGCCAUCCGACACCCAGCAAGUGGUUAUGUUCAAGGUAUCAAUGAUUUAGUAACACCGUUCUUCCAAGUCUUUCUGGGCGUUUACAUAACCGAUCUGAACGUUGAAGAAGGUAUGGACCCAGGCCAAUUGCCUCGGAGUGUGCUAGAUGCAGUGGAAGCAGACACUUUUUGGUGUUUGACAAAGCUGCUGGAUGGUAUCCAGGACAACUACAUUUAUGCCCAGCCUGGCAUUCACCGACAGGUCAGGGCGCUACGAGACUUGACAAUGCGCAUCGACGCAGCACUUGCGAAGCACCUGGAGCAACAAGGCGUGGAAUUUAUGCAAUUUAGUUUCCGAUGGAUGAACUGCUUGCUCAUGCGGGAAAUGAGCAUCAAAAACACGAUACGCAUGUGGGAUACAUACAUGGCUGAGGAGCAGGGCUUCUCUCGAUUCCACCUCUAUGUUUGCGCCGCAUUCUUGGUCAAGUGGACAGAUCAGUUGGUCAAGAUGGAUUUCCAGGAGAUCAUGAUGUUCCUCCAAGCAUUGCCAACGAAGGAUUGGACCGAGAAAGAUAUUGAGCUCUUACUCAGCGAGGCAUUUAUCUGGCAGAGCCUGUUUCAAGACUCGCGUGCUCAUCUCCGAUCUGCUGGUGAUGAACCUCCUGAAAAUGGUAUCUUUUAUUGAUAGUAAUCAUAAUUCAUGAUCCGAAU